UGUUGGUGCGGCGGGUGGCCGUCGGCUCUUAGGAGAAAUCAAGAUCAAGACGCAAAAAGCCUGUCCUCGACCCGAAACCGAGUGUCAUCACCGAGCGCAAUGUCCAAGGCAGGCAUCUCGAAGAUGCCCUCGGACGGCGCCAGGACGAGGGUCACCGUUGCCCAGCUGGCUCCCCAUCUGGUGUGCACCCUUUGCGGCGGUUACUACGUCGACGCUACCACCAUUGCCGAGUGUCUGCACACGUUUUGUCGUUCGUGUAUUCUGCGCCACCUGCGGACCACUAGGUGCUGUCCAGCGGCGACCUGCGACGUGCUGAUUCACAGGACCAAGGGCGCAACCAGCCUGAGGCCUGACACGACCCUUCAGAGCAUCGUGUACAAAACCGUGCCCGGGCUCUACCGAGAUGAGAUGAGACGACGGCGGCAGUUCUACCUGGAUAAACUCGACGCCGACACUGAUCUUCCAUUGGCCUCGAAGGGAGCCUGGGAGGAAGGUGCGGUGCGAUUUUACAGUCAUGAUGAUUCCAUCGGGGUACGGAUACAGUACGCACCCCAAAGUCCGGAGGACAUUGUGCCUGUAAGGUUCUUACGCUGUCCGGCCAGCCUGCCCCUCAACGUGCUUAGGAAGUUCCUGUACCAAAAAUACCGCUUCUCCGAACGGCUGCAGAUAGAGCUGAUCCACGGCAGGAAGGUGCUACCGCUUGAUGUCACGCUGCUCGAUGUCGCCUACAUCGUGAACUGGACCGGGGAAGCCCCCAUGAAACUAGCAUUCCGGUUGAAAAUCACGGAGCUUGCCCCAAAACGUGCGGCAAGUGACCUGGAGUCGGCAGCAGAUCCUUCUGCGAAAAUCAGACGGCUGGAUCCGUGCCGCACGUCGGCGACGGCACCGAGUUCGGAGGACACUGUUCCUAAGGCUACUGCAGGUCAUACCACGAGAUCGCGCAGUCAUCCAUCGCCCAUCGUGGCGAAUGACCGAAGUCGUGGCAUUUCGAGUUCACGCAGCAGGGCGUCAAAUCCGAAAGCCGGCGCCAAGCAGAGAGCAUCCAGCAUUGCGUGCAGCAUAGUUCGGGUCGAAGAGAACAGCGGCGGCUCGUUCGUGGCGCCGGCGCCCGUAUCGGCUCAGGCGUCGGGCGCGGCGGCCGGCCGCUCUGUCUCCUCGCCGCUGCACAUCGAGACGGCCACGCUCGGUCUGCGCUACAGCAGCGCUCGGCCCAAGAGCCAGGGCGUGCGCAGCAUCCCGAACCCGUCGCUGGUGCGGCAGCGAUCGGCCGAGGAGCGUGCCCGCGACAGCAGCAAGAGCUCGCCGACGGCGGGCGCCACGGCGCCGGCCAUGUCGCCGCCCUGCAUCAGGGACAUCCACAGCCUGACACGCCAGCUGCAGGAGGCUGGCACAUCUGUUACCGUGACCGACAAGACCUAG